AUGGGCCUGGAUAUGAUGAUUGACCCUCCCUCGCCAAACGGCCUCGACAAUGAGAGCGCGUUUUACCUUCCAGGCUCCCCGAAUAUGGGGUUGACAGCGCCUUCGGAAGGCCCGUCCGAAUCGCAAGCCUGCCCCCGAUCGAACCCGCCUCCUAAUCCGCCGUUUGUUUUCCCCGCGCGCCCGUCGUCUUCCUCAGGACUGUCAUCAAUCUCGCGAACUAGCGGCAGACGGCCACGAUCCGCGAUUGAACCACGCAUGGUGGCAGUCGAAAGCCUGGACGCAGAAAAGGAGAAACCUGCCUCGCGUUCUCCGGCUCUGCCGGCUUUCUCCUUCAAUCCGGGUGCUUCCCUGCCGCCGUCUUCAGGCCCCCCAGUCGAAAGCAUGUUCCUGAGCCCACCGCAAUCACCCUCUGCGCCAAAUUCACCUAGACUAGCCGCGUCUAGGCCUGCAGGCCAUAAGCAUCGCAGGGGCGGGAGCGAAUUUGUGGGAGGAAGCAUUCGAGACGGCGAAGCAAUAACUGUCAUGAACGUCAGCCCGACCAAGUCUGACAGUGGCAUGGCCUCGCCGUUACUUCAGCCGACCAAACCCCGCAGGGGCCACGCUCACCGCCGAUCGGCUGCGAUUUCCAGCCAUGACCUGUCCUCGAUUAUUUCCCCACCGGCUCCAGCUGUGCCCGCGGUCAGCGCGAGCGGCUCUCUUCCGAUCCCCGCAGCUGUUGAACCGCCCGCUGUCGAAAACCCACCGCCCGCGGAAACGGAAGUGACGGUACCUGAUGUGGCACCAGCGCCACCCGUUGCUCAGGCGAGCGACCCAUCGGCCCCCACCCCGUCACUGGGAGAGACACCUAAACCUGUGGCUCGAAACAGGGUCGGGUUUUCUGAUACGCUGGAAUAUAUUCCGCGGCCGUUGUCCUUGGUUUCUACCGAUACUUCGAGUACCGUUACCGCGCGGCCUGGCCACUCACUUUCUGGCAGCAUAUCAUCCCUCCUCUCCGUUAGUAAUGCGGACCGAGAGGUGGCCUUUAUUUCGAGCUCGGGCGCGACUCCAAUGACCAGCGACAGCCGGCCCAGCACGGCAGGUGCAGUUAUGGAGCGAUCGCAGAGCGCCCAGGAACAAGAACAGGCCCCUCAGUCACCGAGAAGACGGGGCUCCAUCCCGCUGUUGGGCUCCCUUCCGCCACCAGCCGCGAUCACUCCAGCCACUCCCAGCCCUACAAGGUCCUCUAAAAAGUGGUCUUUCUUCAGCCUCGACCCGUUCGCCGCGGGGUCCCCGACACGGGCUCACCCCGAUAGCCCUCGCUCUACCACGUCGCAUUUGAGUAUCGCGGGGCGCAACUCGAGGGAGCAAGAUUCUAGCUUGCCCUUGCCGGAGUCCGCAGCAAAUGAUCACGCGCCAAAGCCUCCUAGCAAGAAGAGGGGCAAGAAGAAGAAGAAGGUCAAGACUUGGGCCGGCUCGAUAUUGUCCCGCAAAGGCAAACAUCGCCACGGCAAACAAAAGCGGCGGGCGCCGACGCCUCCUCCGCCGAGGUUCCCCGAACUGCGCCAACAAAUCGAGAAUGAUCUGAUGGAAAUGUCUCCGGAGCCUGAUCACCCAAAUCUUCAGUCCUCUGAGAAUGGGGAUUGGGAGACGUGGACUUUCCCCAAGUCGGCACUAGGCCAGGACGAGGAUGCUUCCUACCAAAUGAUCGACUUGGAUGCGGCUCUUGGCCCGUUCAAUACCCCGUUGCCCCGUAACCCAGAAUGGGAAGCUGCCCAGAAGGCCGGAGGCCUAAUCAAGAAGCAGCUGCAUAGCGCCGCGGGAAUGAGCCGGUUCACCGGCCCUGGGAUGCACUACUAUCAUAGGCGUGCUGAAAGCGCACCGGAAUUGGCCCCUUUCGAAGGGGGGCGCUUUGGCUUCCGUCGAUUCGGUAGCAGCUCGACUAUGGCAGAUGUGUUUGAAGAAGACGAGGAAGACGAGGAGGGUGAAUCCUGCGAGUCAUCAACGGGCUCCUUGACACCGCCUGUUGACACCUCGAUCAUAGGGAAUCCAGACGACGAAGCGCCCCUUCAAACAUUGCCUGACUUCUCUACGACGGCAGCCCUACUGAUCACCAAAGGUGCAGAAGCAAAGACGUUUCAGCCAGAUGAUGCCUCAAAGAAGCGGUUUGAAUCCGUGCCCGGCGUGUCCCUUGGGUCAGGCAAUGACGCACCUGAUUCUGUUGAAUCUGCACCGUCGCAGUCCCAGGAUGUUCCCAGGCUGUCUGUCGAUGAUGCUGCUUGUGGUUCCGCAACGCCCUCUUCCCGUCACCCCUUUCGGCCAAAGGACCUGGCCCCUGUUGAGGUCGGCCCUCUCAACCUUCCUUCGGCAUCACUGGGUCCAGUUAGCCCCUGGUCUACAACACAAUCGUCGGCGAUUCCUUCGCCAAAGUCACCUGUCUCCUACGAUGCGCAGUGUCUCUCUACGGCACCGUCAUCGGUCGCAGAGGACACCUUCCAGUCACUUCUCAUGGGGGAGCCCGGACCCGAGGUCCGCAUAUCUGUCGACGACAUUCCUUCCUUAACCUCCAGCAACUCAACCAUGACUAGGGAGAGCCUUUUUGCACACCACCCCCAAGCAAGACAUCCGCCUUUGGGCGAUCAGCCGAGACCUGCCUCUUUCACCUCGACUGCCUUUGGGCGAAGGCGCUCUAGUCUUGCGAGCCUUAGCCGUUUGAUUAACAGCUCGCAUGGGGAGCGAAGCAAAUUGUCGAUCGAGGUUCCUCUCGAAACUGAACCGGAAAAGAAGAGCAAAAACAGCAAGGCUAAGCGACUAAGCCGGAUGAUGCAGUUCUGGAAGUCCAAGGAGGAUCACGUAGUAUGA